CUUGAGGAGAUUCAGCUGACCGCGUGAAAUGUAUUCAGAGGCAGAUAAGAAGAAUAUUGAGCUGAUAAAGCGGAAUAUUGGGGAGUUUCCGGACUUCCCCAAGAAGGGAAUUCUCUUCAAGGACAUCUUCACAGCAUUGACUUCUGGUGAAGUGUGUCAGGCUGUCAAGGAGCUCUUCUUGUCCUACAUCAAGUCCUCUUGUCCAGACGUCGAUGCAGUGGUUGGAUUGGACGCCAGAGGCUUCCUCUUCUCGCUCAUGAUCGCCUCUGAGCUGUCAAUUGGAUGCGUGCCGAUCCGGAAGAAGGGAAAACUGCCCGGAGACACAUUUUCCGUUGAGUAUCAGCUGGAGUACGGCGUGGAUGUGUUCCAGCUGCAGAAGGCAGCGCUGAAGCCCGGCCAGAAGGUGGUCGUUGUGGACGACUUGAUCGCCACUGGAGGCACUCUGGAGGCGGCAACGCGGCUCGUUGAGCUGGCAGGAGCCGAAGUGGUCCAGUGUGUGGCCAUCAUGGAGCUGACGCCGCUCAGAGGACGGGACAAACUGCAGAAAUACAAAGUACAUUCCUUCAUUCAGUACGACGAGGAUUAAACUGUUGUGCAGUACAUUCCGAAAGCCCAAAAGACAUUGUUGAAGUGCUCGAAGUAUUUAAGGUUUCUAUUGAAUAAAUCUGUUUGUAAUGAA